AUGGCUAAGCUCACUUUAUUAGCAGCUAUUUUAACAUUCCUCCUAGUCGUUGCCAACACCUGUGCCUACAGCGUUGCCAACAUUGAGGUCGAUGGAUACAGGGAUGCAGACAUGCGAGCUCCGGUGAGGUCGACAUGCUGUGAGCAAGUCCAAAGGCAGGACCUCAACCAGUGUGUGCAAUACUUAAAGCGUGCAAGCGAAGGGUACCUAAGCUUGCGAAGAGGAUGUGAUGAAAAGGAAGAGCGGCAGCAAGCAGCUCUGCUAUGCUGCGAGCAGCUGAGGCAAUUGGAUGACAAAUGCCAAUGUGAAGGGGUAGUUGAAGUGUUCAAGGAGCAAAUGCAACAGGGACAAUUGCAAGGCCAAGGGAUGAGAGAGAUAUUGCAGAGGGUUAGGGAGUUGCCUGAGAUGUGUGGCUUGGAAACCCAGCACUGUGAAAUACCAUCUGGGUGUGGUUUUGCUUUCUAA